AUGAAGAUAGAGCCGAGCUCCGCCUGCAGGAAACUCGACCGAUCCCGAAGCGACUUGGCUGCCGCCGUUGAGAAGGAUGUGCCCGCUGCCCGCGAUUGUUUCGGGGGCGUGCUGUCUUUCGAGGUCGUGAACAACAACUGCGUAUGGUUUGCUUUUGAGACGUUGCAGAAAAUGCAGGCCUAUAGCCCGGACCCUAUCUUGCUGCAAGCCGUUCUGGGGACAGAGGUCGCCAGGUUCCACAUUAUGAGGGAGAAACCUCAUGUUGAGAUCCGCAUUGCGGGUACCCGGGCUCCAAACCGUCUGCGUGUUGACGAGUCCGUCUUCGCAAAACUCGGCAUUAACAAAGGCUCCUACACGGUCAAGACCAAAUCCAACCGGAUCUGCGCCGAGUUCGAUAGCGCAGAGGACGCUUGGAAGGUGAUUGAGUGGUACGAGAAGAACCCGAGUGGAUUCGUCUGGAAUUACUGCACUGCCAGACCUAAAGCAAUCGAUGUCCGAGCCUUCCCUGUGUACUGCGCAACUUGUUCCGGGCCAGGACACAUGAAGGAGGCGUGUAAGACGCCUGAUACUCCCUUCUGCGGCAAAUGUGCUGGACCGCACACCUCCUGGCCCAAGUGCAGCGUGGAGAAGGAAAGAUGCCGCACGUGUAUCCUGGAAGGCUUGCCGGAAAGCGCUGCUAGCCAUGCGGUGUGGUCUGGCAAAUGCCAGGCCAAGGCUCGGCUGGAUAUGCUGCAUGAGUGUUCCAAGUUCGACGACAUCUUACCCGACUGGGUGAAUUUUGAGCGUAUGGCUGCUCUCAAGAGGAAACAAGCUGAGGCUAUUGCCAAGAGCUCCGCAUCAGGGGGCGAUACCGAGCCUGUUGACGAUACCUUGGUCAUGGAACGGAACCCGCUUGAGACAGCAAGGACUCCCGCUCACGCGAACUUGGAACCCAUGACUGGCAUCCGACGUGGCACUUCAACAACAGUCCGUCACGACAACGACGAAGCACGGCUUCUGGUCGCCAGAACGACAGAUGACCGAAUGGGCAUUCAUCGCGGGGACAUCGCGUCAGCCGAUCAACCCAUUGUGGUUGAACGUGAGGAUGAAUCAGUCUCUUGCAUGGAAGGCUGGGUUCCGCCUUCUCCAGACGGAACCAGGGAACCGGCAUUAAGCACUAGACUGACACCGUCGACCAAGACAGACUCCAUCCGGCAGAGUCCACAGCCGCCCGCAACCCUCGAUGUCGACGCCCACGACGUUGCUCAUCCCGAAGGUGCUUCGACGAGAACCGGUACAUCACGGCCGGGUCGCAAGCAACCGACUACUUCUCAAGACAGUGAUGCCACGACGAUGAAGCAACCCGCUAUGGCGCUGGAAACGACCGAUGCCGGCACGGGCGAUGCUUCACGUGCCAGUUGUUCAUCGGGAGGGCCCAGAGUGGACGGCCGUAGGGUGGCCCUAUCAUCGUUGUCAUGUAACGUCGGUCCAUCGAAGAAACCCUCCAAGAAGCGACAGCGUAAUCCGAAUAAACCCAGCGCCACGGAACGAUCGAAAGUGCUCCGUCGCGACACAAACGGCACGCGGUCGGCUGCUUCGGUUCCCCGCACGACUGGCACAUCACCGGGCGCCGCGCUCGCGUUUCCAUUGCCCAACGUACAGUCCUCGAUCUCUGCCUCCGACCCGGCAACGAGGAUCGAAGGAUCAUCUUCGAUAGGCCGUCAGCAGGCCCGUACGGCGUCCCCAGAGGUGCCCGUCAGGAUAGAAUCGCCGAUCCUGGAACUCUAUGACGGCAGACCGUUGACCCAUGUCGUCAACCAAAACCCGCAUACGGGAGAGAUCACAGAGUAA